UUUAAGAAGCGUGAAAAGUUAACUUUCGAAUGAAAAAAAAGAUAUGCUGAAGUCCAUUAAAAAAUUGUAAGAACCGAAAAACAACUGACAAUAAUAGAAAGUGACAUUUAGGCUUCCUCAAAUUCUUGUGUUUCCAAAUAUCUACUAAUUAUCGUAUAGCCUACAACAUUAUUUCCAGCCCUUAUGACAUAAAUUACUCAGUAUUACUUCACAUAUUAGUUUCACCAAGGUAAAAUAAUGAAGAAGCGAAGAGUGAGUAGUCACCAAUAUUCUCGUUUCGUUAAACUAUCUUCAAAGCCGGGAGAAAAUCGAGCCUCAGAUUCGAUUCUUCUGCGGAAUAAAGUCUCCCAAGAUCUAAAGCGCAAGAGACUACCCCAAAAUGCCAACCAAAAGAGACAGUUUCGUGCUCACCAAGAACACGAAUAUGAAACACCAUUGACACAAAAUCCAUAUGACUCCUUAAAAACACUUUUUGAUGUUAAAAAAACAAUAAAUUUAAAGAGCCCAUCUCUUCAACUUCAUGAAGCAGAUGACAUAGCUUCUGACUCGUUAUCUUCAAAGUAUUCAGACUUUCUUCCACCAAAUUUAGAAGCGCAGUUUCCAGACCAGUACUACCAAAUUGACUUCAAUUACCACCCGACCAACAAUCAGGUCCAACAUUCUGCCCUCAAUUUCAACAGUAAUCUAACGUCGAACAUGGCAGACGAAGAAGAAGGUCUUGCACAAGAUAAUACUGAUCUACAGGAAUCAAAUGUAAAAAUCGAAGAUUCACCAGAGGUAACUGAAGAGGACAAUAAAACUGCGGAAAUCUCAGGCCCUCCAGUAGAGGGCAACGAAGAACAAGUAGACACACAAGAAAUAGAGGACAAUCAUGGGGAUGUAUCUGGUAUCAAAAAUGAAGAAAGUGACGAACCUCCUUCAGAAGCCCAACAACCGCAAAUUGGGCAAGAAGAGGAAGAACUUACGCCAUUAAAAAUUGAAGCUAGACCACCUGAUCAUCCUAUCCCCCCUGGAGUAGCUGAAGGGGUGGAGAUUCUUCCUGGGCAACGAACUGCUUCUCUCGUGAGUUCAUUGCCAAUGACAGAUUCGGGAAUGUUGGCGGAAAUAACUGAAGCUAGAGAGAGAUGCAAACUGAUAGAGGAGGAGAUUGAUAUGUUGCAGAAAGAAUUUACAGAAUUGCAGCAAAAAGAAGAUUUAACGGAGGAGGAUAAAGUAAUGGCCAGUAUCAAAAGCGAUCAAAUAAUAGCAAAAAUGAAUGAAUUGGAAAACAUGACAAGAAAGCUUCAAAGAAUGUUGGGACUAGGAGAUCCCACAAGCGAAGAGUUUGCGAAAAUUUUCGAAAUGUUUCCUGCACCACCUCAUCAUAGGGAUGAGGAAGAAGAUGGGAGAGGGUCUACAAGACAAGCAGCUCUCACCUGCAAAGAUAAAAUUCUCCUUGAAGAAUCAAAAUGUAAAUUCGAUACGUCAGUUGAUGCAGAAAUUUCGGGAGAGGAUGAAUUCGAUAUCAGGCCCCCUGAAUUUCCAGAAGAUAGAUUACCUAGGGUCAUAGUCUGUGGUUACACCGAGGAUAAUAUCCCCAAAAUUGUCGUUGCUGACAGCCAAAAGAAACCUCGGUUUGAAGAAUUGCAGCGUUUGAAGAAUAUCACCGGGAAAUUAACUGAAACAUUGAACAUGCAAGAAAAAUUAGCUCAAGAAAAUGCUCACUUCGAGGGUAACAAAUAUAAAUUACAAGAGGCCCUGCUUGAAAAGGAUAACACCGUCGAUCUCUUGCAAAGAAAAGUAUGUGGUCUUCAGAAGGAAAUGCAACUUUUGAUGAAAGAAAAUGAACAAUUGGGCCAGCAAUUGCUAUACAUCAAUAAACGAAUGAGUAAUUCACCUUGUUGCAGCAGUCCAGGAAAUUCUCCGAGAGUUGUAGAUAAAUCUAGGAGAUUUUCUCCCGAAUGUCAACGUCCAGACAGCCAUAGCUGCAAGUGUUGUCCCACUAACCGCUCGACACUUCCUCACAGUUUAUCUGCAUGUGGUAGUCCACGUGGUCCAAAUUCUGUAGGGCAGAAGACUCCUCGACUUGGUGGUGGUAGUGAUUCAAGAAAAAUCGUUAGUAUUGAAAAUCCAACGAUGUGUUGUAGAAAUCCUGCAGUUUCUCCCCGAGGUGUUCUCGGUAGUCCACUUCCUCGUGGGCCAUGUCCAGCUGAAAUUCAAGACAAAUUAAAUACUUAUGAAACGAGCACGAAACAAUUGGAACAACAAUUGGGUUGUAUGGAGUCAGAAGUUCGAAGCAUGAAGGUCGAAUUAGCCAAUGUUCAACGAGAGAGAGAGCAACUGGAGCAACAGAAGAAAUUACUGAAAUGCACUGGUCCUUGCGCUCCUUGCCCAUGUCCUUCUCCUCAGGAUGGUUCACCAAUUUUUCAAUCGGUCACAGGUGUCUCUUCUGGAUAUGAUGGACAAAUGCUCUCAAAAACGAAUAAUCCAGGCAUAGGCUCCUCGUGCUCGGGGAUCUGCAUAGACCAACCACCCGGCGCUAGCAGUUGUCCACAACAAAAUCUGCGCGAUCUCCGAGAACAAUACGCCCGCCUUCAAGAAGAUUACAAGAAUAAACUGUGUGAAGUGUCCUGUCUCCGGACAGAUUUUGAAAAAAUCAAACAGGAGAACCGAAAGAUUCGCGACACCAAGGAAAAAGCUGAGAAUCGAUUGGUCGAUCUUGAGGAACGGUUGAAAAAAUUUGAGUCGGAGCGGACUAAAUUUGGAGGCAGUAGAGAACAGAUGAUUGAGGAUAAACAUCGUCUGAUGGUUGCAGAGCAGCGACACAAAGAAGCUCUCGAGGAGCUCGAAGAGUUGAGGCUCUCUAAUCAAGAUUAUAUGCUCCAGCUUGAAGAUUAUCGAAAUAAAUAUUUAAAAGCACAAGAAACGGUGGAGGAGCAAUCAAGGCAGUUGGACAUGAUGGAGAUAGAUAACGCACGGAUGAAUGAGAACGUUACAUUGGAAAUUGGAAGAGUGAAAAAUCAAUUUCAGGAGAAAUUGGCAGAAUUGGCGCCUCUCCCGGAAAUUCUUAAACAGGCACAGUUAAAAUUGCAAGAGUGCCAGCAGAUGCGUGUGCUGGCUGAAAGAAAUAGCGAAGAGUUGGACAGAGAACUUCUUGGAGCUAAAGACAAAAUCGGCUCCUUGUCUAGUCAAUUGGAUAAUCUUCGAAGUGAAAAUGCAAUGCUCAAGGGGGAGAAUGGCUCUGAUCGCCUAGAUGACCUCGAAAAUAAAAUCAGUGAGUUGAGAAACGAAAACGAACGCUUAAAAAACGCUGUUUCUCGAUUCGAUGAACGUGAAGCUGACUACGAAGAAAAAUUGGAGCAAAAACUACACGAAAUAGUACAAUUGAGCUCAGAAAAUGAAUUAGUACGCCAGGAUGCGGCUAGACAAGUUGCAAGGACUAAGGAGAGGUGUGAAACUAUUCGAAGAGCGAUGCAGGAUCAAAUUGCCGAUAUGGAAAAGCAACUGGCACAAUGUAGGGCAAUAGCAAAGGCUGCACAAAAAGAUAGAGACGAAAUCCGACAAAAAAUGCAAGGACAAAUCAAUCGCUUGAGUGAAUCCUUCGAGCAAGCUCAAGGUCGUAUCCGAACCCUUCAAGGCCAUGUCAAUUAUUUGAAAACAUCUUACAGCAACGUUUUCAACCCUCCUGCCCCCGAAGACGGUCUGACGCCGUCAUUACCUCCAGAAAACAUGAGUUCCAGUCCGUACGAUAGAUGUGAUUGUGCUCCUUAAUCUCGAGCUUACAAAUAAAACUGGAAAAAGGAAAACUGCAGCCCGAUAUUUUUUAAAUUAAACAUAAAUUCAUAUAUAUAGUACUGCCAAAUUUUAUGUAAGCCAAUUCUAAGUUUUAAAUAAAUAGAAUAUACUCUCGACACAAAGGAUUUAUUUCGGAUUUGCACAUUUCGUCCGCAUGUGGAACAGAACAAUGCUGUGUGUUCUUAUUUCAAGAUAUAAAAAAAACUGUAAAGAGUAAAGCAACAGUAGUAGUAGUUUCAUCUUCAAUUAACGAAAAAACUAUGUCUGUUUUAUCAGAUUAAAAAUUAAAUGAUAAUAUGUAGUUUGGAGUUUUGAGUUUGCUUUCCUCUGCAUCUUAAUGGUUAUAUUUUAUUUAUCAAUAUCCACAUGUCAACCAUUGAUGAUAUUAUUCUUAUUUGAAGUAUUUUCAGUUCUCCUCAGGAGAUUAAUGCCGGAAACAGAAGACUGCUUAUGAGGCCCUUUGAACUUCAACGUCGGCGUUUGACCCUCAUACACA